AUUGGUUUUGGUAUGAAUAUUUUGGCAAUGUGGAGGGAGAACAGAAUUUGGGCAAAGAAGAGGAAAUGGAAGAGAAGGACAAUCAGAAUCCAAAAAACAGUUCAUCGUCGUCGUUCGUGAUCAAGAUACCCUCAUACGAAGAAGUUAUUCAGAGUUCUCAAUCGAAAACCCCUCCCCAGUCUCUUUUCAAUCCUUCUCAGUCCUUCUCUCAGGCCUUCAACUCCAUUAAGAACACCGAGUUUUACGCUCCACCUCCACCUCCUUCCUCCUCUUCAAUUCCAAGGGGAAUUCAACCAUCUGGGGUUGAUGCUACUCCGUCUUCGCCGUCGCCACCGGUUGCAACUGCACGUUCUACCGGAGCAUCUUCGUCUUCUACGCCAAGCCGCAACGCAAUACUUGUUAGUCAUAGACAGAAGGGAAAUCCUUUGCUCAAACAUAUAAGAAAUGUGAGGUGGGCUUUUGCAGAUGUUGUCUCUGACUACGUCUUGGGACAACAAUCAUGUGCUCUAUAUCUCAGUAUUAGGUAUCACCUGCUUCACCCGGACUACCUAUAUUUCAGAAUAAGGGAAUUGGGAAAAAAUUUCAAGCUUCGUGUUGUUUUAUGCCAUAUUGAUGUUGAGGAUGUUGUAAAGCCAUUGUUGGAAGUUACAAGAACAGCUCUACUUCAUGACUGUACUCUUUUGUGUGGUUGGAGCUUGGAAGAAUGUGGUCGAUAUCUGGAGACAAUAAAAGUUUAUGAAAACAAACCUGCAGACUUCAUUCAAGGCCAAAUGGAUACAGACUAUUUAUCACGGUUAUCACACGCCCUAACAUCAGUUCGACAUGUCAACAAGACAGAUGUGGUUACUCUGGGCUCUACAUUUGGGUCUCUUUCUCAUAUUAUGGAUGCUUCCAUGGAGGAUCUGGCUCGUUGCCCUGGCAUUGGAGAACGAAAAGUAAAACGUCUGUACGAUACUUUCCAUGAACCAUUCAAACGCACGGUUUCUAAGCAGCAUCCACCACCCGAAGCAUCCGCCCAACCUUUCACUCCAAGUGAAACACAAGAAGACGAAAAAGUAGGAAGUUCAAGUAAACGCGAUAAAAAAGAACCUAAUUUAUCCGUUAAAUCAGCGCUUUCAGUAGCUUUCGCAAAAUACAAGGAGAAAGUCGGCACAGAAAAAUAAAUAAAACAGAAAGUACAAGUACAAGUACAACCUGUUCUGUCAUGUCAUGAGCAAAGAUUCAAUUUAUUUAUUUGUUUCAUUUCGUUGAAUACAA